AUGUACCACCGAUACAGGUCAGUGAUAGACGACCAUGCCAUACCUCCGCUACGUCCUGCCACGAAACUCAACCGGAGCACCCUUUUCAACAACAACGACGACCAGAUGUCCACUCUCACCAAGAUCAAACUCCAAAAUACCCAGUCAAGAAAGCACUUGAAGGACUUGUUCCAAGAUAAGGAAAAUAAUGAUAACACCGAGAUUGACAUCUUGAAGGGCGUGUUUACCCCGUCCCCCAAAAAAAACAAACAGAGCGAAGAGGAUACGUUCAAGUUCCGGGCGCGAGCCGGGGAAAAGACUACAAAAGAUGCUCGCUCGCCGGUCCGGAACUUGGGCAACGAUGAUAAGCUUGAGGGUAUCAACGAACGCUUGAAGAACUCCCUCAAAGACUUUCCAAAGUUAAAGAAAGAUCAUGAGGAAAGGGACCAGCAUAAGGACCCCAGACGAUUCGACCACUUGCAGAAGUUCAAGACUAACAUCGACGAAAUCCGGAAGGCUCAAUUUGAUUUACCCUCAGAAAUCCAGUUGAAGAGGGAUGCCAUUUUGAGGCAAAAAGAGGAAGAGGAGUACAUUAUGCUAGAGAAAGAGCGGCUCGAGACGCAGCGCCGCGAGCUCGAAAUGAAGGAGCUUGCAAACCUCCAGAAAAUAAACAAGCUUGAGGAAAAAAGCAAGGCAAAGGAAGCUUACCUCUUGGAGAAACUAAAAAAGCAAAAGGAUGAAUUGGUUCAGUUGUACCACCAGGACCUGGAGGUGGAAAAAUUGAAGCGAGAGAUAGAGUCCUUAAAACUGCUGAAGGAUAAAGACUCUAACAGGAUGAAGCGGGACUUUGAGCGGGAGAAGGCAAAACUUGAAAUAGAACUCAACGAGAUGAAAACCCGCAAAAACAGGCUGCCGGUCUCUCUGACACUUUCCCCUUCUCCCCAGCAACCAACCCCCGACAACUCUGACUUGACCGUUAUGGAAUUUACCGAAGCAAUUUUGCCAAACAGCAGGGGCCGCGACCUGCACCAGCAGAUUGAGAGCUCCGCCAAUGGCAAUGGGUCCAUCUGGAUAGAUCAACAAGAGAAUCUCCACUCAUGGAUUGAUGGCUCCCGCGUCAACCUCUUCAAUACGCAUAAACUUCCCCCAUCACCCCUCAUUCCAAAUACAGUCACUGCUCCUACUAUGGCGAACCCCUCACGGGAACGUCAAAAAAAGACCCCAGAGGACAGGAAGGACACACGACCUCGUAACGUUCAGCCUCUCACACCCCAACGACAGGCCCAAUCCCAUAGCACUAUCGACGAUGAUCUUUUGACCGGAAAAUUGAAUGUGCUCACCCAGCGUAACGCCAAGCUCAAGACUGAUUUGGAACAAUAUAAGCAACAGGCUGCGGAGUUGGCCGAAGAAAAUUCCCGAUAUGAGAGGGCGAAUGAGUCAUUGAGACAGUCGCUAACCGAACUCGAAUUCAAAGCCUCGGUCUAUGAACAGGAAUCGGAGAACCUAGCUGUGCACAACGAUGAUUUGAGGUUUAUGUGCAACUUCUUGGGCGAUUACUAUCAAAAGCAUCAGGAAGAUCCAGUGGGGAGUCAUACAGUAGCCAAGAGUCCUGCCAUGCCGACCGAAAGCCCGAUGUUUGGAGAUUUUGAUGACUCCCUGAGUUCAGAGGAUGAAAGAGGGGUAGAGACUGUUUCGUUCGAUAGCAACGUGGAUCCCGAUAGAGAUACGUACCGGUUAAUAAACUUCGAUCCAUGGAGCUUUGGCGUUCAAGAAUCAUCCAAAAUGCCAGCCGCUAUCUCCAAAGACAAGCCUCUCAUCCCCAAAGCUCCCGCUUCGCGUACAAAACACGUGGAUGCAUCUGUAUCUCACAAACGCGCUGAAAAGUCUGCUCUUCAUAACUUGACACCACGACAGAGGUUCAAAGUAUUGGGCUUAGCAGUAUUGGCGCAGGUUAAAAUGCGCAGACGGUUUGAGGAAACAAAAUCGCUUGGCCGCGAGAUCAAGCGGAUUAUCAACGAUAACGGCUACGUGUUAUAA